AUUUUCUGAGCUAUAAAUAUGGGCGGUGGUUUGAACGCUAUGAUUACCAAACAAACAGCCUACGACGCUGAGAAUUAGGAACCGUUGAUCGGAGAUAGGAUCCAUCAGAUGGGUGAAGUGUCGGAACGUGAGAGGAAGAUCGUUGUGGCGGUGGAUGAAGGGGAGGAGAGCCUGUACGCUCUGUCAUGGUGUUUGAAGAAUGUAAUCUUUGAAAAUUCCAAAGAUACCCUCAUCCUUCUCUACGCUCGCCCACCUCGUCCCAUUUACACCGCCAUGGAUGGCACAGAUGGCGAAUUUCAAACCUUGCAUCCAACAGAAGAACUACCAGGGUAUUUGUUUUCGGCGGAUAUAAUGGCCACGUUGGAUAGGUAUAGUUAUGACGUGGCAGAGGCCGUGGUGGAGAAGGCCAAGAGGCUUUGCAAGCAUCUAAACAAUGUGAAGGUGGAGACAAGAGUAGAAAGUGGAGACGCAAGGGAUGUGAUAUGUCAAAUGGUGGAGAAAUUGGGUGCUGACAUCUUGGUUAUGGGUAGCCAUGGCUAUGGUCCAAUCAAAAGGGCAUUUAUUGGGAGUGUGAGCAACCAUUGUGCAAAGAGUGUGAAAUGCCCUGUUUUGAUUGUAAAGAAGCCUAAAAACUCAUCACAUACUUAAUUUUUCUUUCCCCUUAUCAUUUUGUAUAAACUUUUCUUCUUCUUCUUCUUCUUCUUUUUUCUGUUUAAAUUAUGAUAUUAUAUGUAAAGUGUUUGUAAUUAUAAAUUAUCUUACCUUUAAUUCAUAUUUUCGUAUAUUUUAUUA